GAUCCAACUCAUUCUACGCCAAACAGUGACUUCGGUAAGAGGUAGGGUAGGGCAGUGCUCCGAUUUUGGACAACAAAGUGUUGAAGUUUUGUUACAUACAUACCUAUUAGUUUUAGUCAGUUUUUAAGUGUUGUUUCAAAAGUACUCAUAGACUGAUUAAAGUGGAAUUAAGUGGACAAUAAAAAGUGUAAAGUGCCCCCCGGUAAAGGAAUAUCCGAAACAAAAUGAAGAUUCUCAUCCUGUUGGUGGCCUUCGUGGCCGCAGCUAAUGCCGUCUCGUUGUACGAACUGGUCAAGGAAGAAUGGAACGCAUUCAAGCUUCAGCAUCGCAAGAAAUACGACAGCGAAACCGAGGAGCGCAUCCGCCUGAAGAUCUACGUCCAGAACAAGCACACAAUCGCCAAGCACAACCAGCGCUUCGAUCUCGGCCAGGAGAAGUACCGCCUGCGCGUCAACAAGUACGCCGAUCUGCUGCACGAGGAGUUCGUCCAGACGGUGAACGGAUUCAACCGAACCGAUUCCAAGAAAAUGCUCAAGGGUGUUAAAAUCGAAGAACCAAUUUCAUUCAUUGAGCCAGCGAAUGUAGAUUUCCCGACUACGGUCGAUUGGAGAAAGAAGGGUGCCGUAACUCCAGUUAAGGAUCAAGGUCACUGCGGCUCGUGCUGGUCGUUCUCCGCCACCGGUGCCCUCGAGGGGCAACAUUUCCGCAAAACGGGCAAGCUGGUUUCCCUCUCGGAGCAAAAUCUGGUCGACUGUUCCGGCAAGUACGGCAACAAUGGCUGCAACGGUGGCAUGAUGGACUACGCCUUCCAGUACAUCAAGGAUAACGGCGGUAUCGACACGGAGAAGGCCUACCCGUACGAGGCCAUCGACGACACGUGCCACUACAACCCGAAGGCCGUCGGCGCAACCGACAAGGGCUUCGUCGACAUUCCCCAGGGAGACGAGGAAGCGCUGAAGAAGGCUCUCGCUACCGUUGGUCCUGUGUCUAUUGCCAUCGACGCUUCGCAUCAGUCGUUCCAGUUCUACUCGGAGGGCGUGUACUAUGAACCGCAGUGUGACUCGGAAAAUCUGGACCAUGGUGUUCUUGCUGUUGGAUACGGAACAACCGAGGACGGUGAAGACUACUGGCUGGUGAAGAACUCGUGGGGAACCACCUGGGGCGACCAGGGCUACGUUAAGAUGGCGCGUAACCGUGACAACCAUUGCGGUGUUGCCACCUGUGCCAGUUAUCCGUUGGUGUGAGGACGGAUGUCGUUUUUGUGUGAUCUGCUGAAUCAGUGAGAAUGGAGCCGCAUCGUCUUGCAUUUGUAAGUUUUAUCUUCGUUUUCUUUUAGUUACUGAUCAUGAAUACUUGUAUGGUUAUUCAACUAUUUCUCUGUAUCUUACUGAGAAGUGCGAACGAGUUCACAAAAUGCGGUUAGUUUGUAAGAAUAUGAUAUAGUUAGUUCCGUAGUAGAAGGUUGAUCUAUCUCCUGUGUGAGAUGACAUGCAUAUGUGAAGUUGUUGAUCGAAUGUGAGUGUAUCACAAUUUAAGCGUAGAAAAUGUACGAAGUUUUGUAACAU